AUGAUCUACAGCGGCACCACCGACGAGCUCGCCAUCUCUCGGCCUGGUUCCCCGCCUGGUAUGUCUUCAUCGAGGUCAUCCAAGGCAUCGUCUCUCCAUUCUUUCACCUCGGAAAUCGGCGAUGAUGUAGGCGCUGGCGUCGGCCACUUCGAGGAGAUCGGCCUCGAAGAUGAUGCCACCUCAAACGACCCACGCCAUUAUCAUGACUCCCACUCUCGAUCCAGUCCCAACCCAAAUCCCUACAUGUCCACAUUCACCUCCGAUCUACGGGCUGCUUCGGCGAAACAUGUCGGCUCCAAUGUCCAUGUACAGACUCGUGAGCUCGCCCACCCGCGAAUGCAACGCGACAUAAUCUCUCGCCCAAAGACGAGACCCGUAGCACCAGCUCUAGCUACCCAGUUCCGUGAUACGAGCACACAGAGUCUCACUUUGAACGUCACACAUCGACCUCGAAUGCCCCAUCGGGCUCUAUCAGCUCGCUCCGCCUCCACGAUAAGCACCGCCCGGCGUCAUCGGAGCCCUAGCCCCAAUGUGCCAUCACACUCGCUCCCUCCACGCGACCCUAGUGGCGCUCCGAGACCGCGUAGGAGCAGUUGGCAAUCGAACCGGGAAACUAAAUCAAUAUCUGAUGCGGAAAGGGCCUUUGAUGACGACGAUGGUGACGACGACAUCCCUGACGGUUUCAUUCUUGACAACGUACCGCUAUCUCCACGGCCCCCGAGCGAGAGGUCCAGUAGUCGACCCGUUUCGGCAUCCACAUCACCCGAUAGACAGCCCAAGGAACGUGUGCGUAGUGUUGGGAAUGGUACACCACCAGUCGCCGUCGAUUCGGGAUCCUUAAAAUCCCCAUCGUGGAGGUCUGAGCAUUCUAGUGAUUCACAGAGAUCCACGCCUCUCUCUCCGAUAAAAGGUCGGGCGAAAAGCUGGACUGCCGCGAUUUCCGGUUUGAACGCUGAAGCCAAAGCACUUACCGAGAAGCUUGAGGAACACGCCGAUGAAUUGGAGAGGCAAGGCGUGCUACCAUCGACCAUUCGACCAGUACCAAAGCCCCGAGUCAAGUCAGCCCUUGCUGAACUACCCCCUCUUCGAAGGAGUAAUAUCAUGAUUGAUCCGUUGCCGAUAUCCAAAGAAAAGGAGGCCGUGCUGUCCCGGACGAGACCAUCGUGGUUACCACCCAAGGAUCCCGCCGAGGAGAAGAAACAUUUGAAAGAAUACCAGAAAAUGAUGGCAAGCAGCAUCGAAGCUGAUAAGAAAAGAGAAGCCGCCCGUCGAGACAAGGAAAAGAAUGAAGCCAGGACUACUAGUGAUCGAAUGCACAUUUGGGAGGAAGAUAUACUGAAGAGGUGGGAUGUUGCUAUCCAGGAAGAACGGACAAAGGCCUUGUGGUGGAAAGGAAUCCCUCCUCGAAGUCGUGGUGCGGUCUGGUCUCGCGCCAUUGGGAACGCGCUGGGACUGACACCCACUUCAUUUCAGGCUGCCUUGUCCAGAGCUUCUGAAGUCGAGGGGCGAGCGGAGAAGGGAAAUAGCACAGUAGAUGACGAACAAAAAAUGGCUUGGUUUGCAAAGAUGCGAGCAGAUGUCGAAGAGAGAACUUGGACAGACCUUAAGAUCUUUCAAGCUGGUGCUCCCUUGCACCAAAGCGUAAUCGAUGUGCUCCGCGCGUAUGCCAUGUACAGGAGUGAUAUCGGUUACGUUACCGGGUGUCACACUAUUGCCGCGCUUUUGCUUCUCAACCUCGACUCGCCCGCUACCACGUUCAUCGCUUUAGCGAACGUUCUCAAUCGAUCACUUCCGUUGUCUUUCCAGUCGCACGACCAUGGAGCUCAAUCAUCAGUGUACCAGCUCGUCCAUCGGACACUGGCCGCGAAAUCACCGCAGCUUUAUAAACACCUCUUCAACGAUAUUAGCCAGGAAUUUUCGGAUGCAUGCCUGAAUGAGACGUUUACGACGCUGUUCACGAAACAUCUGAGCCUCGAUGAUUGUACGAGAUUAUGGGACGUCUACAUCUUCGAGGGAGAUGGCGUGUUGAUAAGUGCUGCCGUGGCGUUGCUCUUGGAAUGCGAGAUGACAAUUCUAAGUACGCGGUCUGUGGAAGAGUGUGCGAACGUCCUUCAGGCGCAUGCGAAGCGGAUACCGCCAGCAGCCCAAGACGAGGAUGUGUUCAUUAGGCGUGUGCGGGAUAUGAGGUCAUGA